UUCAUCAUGAUGAAGAAAAAGAAAUUUAAGUUCAAAGUGGAUUUUGAACUGGACGAACUCUCAUCUGUUCCCUUUGUCAAUGGCGUUCUCUUUUGCAAAGUCCGACUGCUUGACGGCGGGUUUUCAGAAGAAUCGUCUCGAGAGACGGUCCAGGCUAACUGUGUGCGUUGGAAGAAGAGGUUUUCCUUCCCCUGUAAGAUAAGCGCUAGUGCGGGCACUGGCGUUCUCGACCCCUGCAUAUGCAGAGUUUCCGUACGCAAGGAACUGAAAGGGGGCAAGACUUACGCAAAGCUGGGCUUUGCUGAUCUGAACUUGGCUGAGUUUGCAGGCUCGGGAAGCGUCACACGCAGGUGUCUUCUGGAGGGCUAUGACACCAAAAACACCCGACAGGACAACUCCAUCCUCAAGGUGAUCAUCAGCACACACCUGAUGUCUGGAGAUCCGUGUUUUAAAACGCCUCCAUCCACAGCCACAGUCAUCGGGAUACAGGGGGAGGCGGAGACUCUGCUGGAGGACAGGAGGGGCGGAGACUCACAGAAAGCUUUCCUGGGCAUCUCAGAAACCCCGGGGAAGUGCGCCUCCCUCCCGGAGGAGCUGGGAGUCUUCGGACACUCCCGGACCUCCAGCCAUGCUAGUCAGCAGUCAAAAGUAUCAGGUUACAGCACUGGGCACUCCCGCUCGUCCAGUCUGUCUGAGUUCACCCACCGGAGAAACACCUCCGUGGGCAGUGCCUCCACAGGCAUCGCCAGUAUCCCUGAGCCCAGUGAGGAGGGGGAGUCCAGGGCGGUGCCGCCCAGUGGCCCAGGGGCCUGCGCCUCCCUGCAGGAGCGCCCCUCGACUCCAGACAGAGCCUCCAGCAGGCACCCAGUGAAGCAGGACUCGAUGGAGUCUCAGCUGAAGAGGAUGGAUGCCACGCGGGUGGAUGCAGACGACGUGGUGGAGAAGAUCCUCCAAAGCCAAGACUUCACCCCCAGUCUGCUCGACUCCAGCGCUGAAGAGGAGGGCCUUCGUCUGUUUGUGGGUCCUGGUGGAAGCACAGCGCUGGGCAGUCACCACUUACCUGCCAGGGUUGGGGCCGGCGCGUAUGAGCAGGUGGUGAUAAAACGUUAGUUCCUGAGGAUGCCAGGCAGAGAGGUGGCACCAACCGAAGCGUGGGUGGACGGGCCGAGGAGAGG